AUGGCUCCGAAGCAUUUUGGAAAGGCUUUUGUUAUCCCGAGAUGGUCCGGAUGGCUGGUCUUGAUCACCGGAGACACUUUAGUGGAUGAACUUCACCAACUGCCCGACGACGUACUUUCGCUGACUCAUUCCGCACAUGACGAAUUACAGAUCUCGUACACAAUGGCUCCGGAAGUACACUCAAAUCCUUACCAUGUACCUCUUUUGGCAGCUGGAUUGACUCGUCACUUGGAUCAUCUCACAAGGGAGAUUCUGGACGAGAUCAUCCCAGCAUUCAACGAAGUCAUAGGGCACCGUAGCGAAGCAAGCUCUGGUUGGACCGAGGUCAACAUUGUCGACGGGAUCACCCAAGUCAUGGCGCGCUCAUUCAGCCGAAUCAUAGUCGGAGCUCCCCUCUGUCGUGAUGCGGAAUACAAUCGACUUAUUCGUAGCUUCACGGUGAAUAACGUGAUGUUCAUGAGCUCAGUUAUACACAUUUUUCCACGCGUAUUUCGUCCGAUCGUCGGGCAUGUUUUCUCUGUCGUGCAGAACAUUCGGGGCCGUGCCGUCUCUAGGGUCCUUGGUCCUGCCAUCGAAGAGAGAAAACUGACGAUGCAGUCCCUCUCAUGGUCGGAUGAGCCUAAUGAUGUUUUAUCCUGGCUGCUCCAUGCUGCGGUGGGCAGUGAACGGGAAACAAGAUCUCUAGAGACCCGCAUUUUAGCUAUCAAUGCCGCAGCGAUCCAUGGAACGUCACUAACAUUCGUGCAGGCUCUACUUGCUCUGGCCACUCAUCCGACAUAUGUGCAACCACUGAAGGAGGAAGCGGAGCGCACCUUGAGAAAGCAUGGAUGGACCCGAACAUGCAUGCGUAACCUCCCUUUGAUGGACAGUUUCUUCAAGGAAUCGAUGAGACUGUACGGGAUUGGCUCGAUGGGCUUCCCAAGAAAGGCGCUCAAACCCUUCAUGUUCUCCGAUGGUACUGUUGUCCCCGAGGGUUCCAUGGUAUCCGCUGCGUUCACCCCUCAUGUGGACGAUAGAUUCUACGAGGACGCGAAAACGUUUGAUCCCUACCGUUUUCCCGGAAGAUUUUUGGCUUCGCACGUCUUGAAGGCCCUGAUGCUUCACAUCGUACUCAAUUACGAGUUGAAGAUUGGAGGUGAUGGACAUAAAAAACCAGAUAUGUGGUUUGGUUAUCACUGCUCCCCAAAUAUCCGAACAACCAUCGCCUUCCGCCCAGUUGUGGACGCUUGA